AUGGGCGAGGACACUGACACCACCCGAACGCUCAACCACGGCUUCCUCCGAGACCACAACUAUGUGACUGAAGCUGACAUCAUCUCCACUGUAGAGUUCAACCACACUGGAGAGCUCCUGGCCACAGGGGAUAAGGGGGGGCGAGUGGUCAUCUUCCAGAGGGAACCUGAGUGUAAGACAGAGCCGUACUCCCAGGGCGAGUAUAAUGUCUACAGCACAUUCCAGAGCCACGAGCCGGAGUUUGAUUACCUUAAGAGUCUGGAGAUCGAGGAGAAGAUCAACAAGAUACGAUGGCUGCCUCAGCAGAACGCCGCCCACUUCCUCCUUUCCACCAAUGAUAAGACCAUUAAGCUAUGGAAGGUGAGUGAGCGGGACAAGAGGCCUGAAGGCUACAACCUGAAGGAUGAGGAGGGCAGGAUAAAGGACCUCUCCACUGUCACCUCACUACAGGUGCCGGUGUUGAAGCCCAUGGAUCUGAUGGUGGAGGUCAGUCCUCGGCGUGUGUUUGCCAACGCUCACACCUACCACGUCAACUCCAUCUCCGUCAACUCCGACCACGAGACCUACAUGUCAGCUGACGACCUGAGGAUCAACCUCUGGCAUCUGGGCAUCACCGACCGCAGCUUCAACAUCGUGGACAUUAAGCCAGUGAACAUGGAGGAUCUGACAGAGGUGAUAACAGCAGCAGAGUUCCACCCUCACCACUGUAACCUGUUGGUCUACAGCAGCAGUAAGGGAACUCUACGGCUCUGUGACAUGAGAGAGGCCGCACUGUGUGACAAACACUCCAAACUGUUUGAGGAGCCGGAGGACCCCAGUAACCGCUCCUUCUUCUCGGAAAUCAUCUCGUCUGUGUCGGACGUCAAGUUCAGCCACAGCGGGCGCUACCUGCUGACCAGAGACUACCUCACCGCCAAGGUGUGGGACCUCAACAUGGAGAACAAGCCCCUGGAGAUAUAUCAAGUGCAUGAUUACCUCCGCAGCAAGCUGUGCUCCCUUUAUGAGAACGACUGCAUCUUCGACAAGUUUGAGUGUGCCUGGAACGGCUCAGACAGUGUGAUCAUGACGGGGGCCUACAACAACUUCUUCCGGAUGUUUGACCGGAACACAAAGCGUGACGUGACCCUGGAGGCGUCCAGGGAGAGCAGUAAGCCCCGGGCCGUUCUCAAGCCUCGCCGCGUCUGCCAGGGUGGGAAACGUCGCAAGGAUGACAUCAGCGUGGACAGCCUGGACUUCACCAAGAAGAUCCUGCACACGGCCUGGCACCCCACGGAGAACAUCAUCGCCAUCGCUGCCACCAACAACCUGUACAUCUUCCAGGACAAAUUCAACUAG